AUGAGAAGAGUCCCCUACGCGCUACUCAAAGGAGUUUCCCCUUUGCGCUGCCACAAUGCACGACGCUUGUUCGGCGCACCCCUCCCUCCGCCGCGCGAGGUGGUGGAACCCUUCUGCGACCUCUCCGACGUGGUUUCGCCCCCUCAAACCUCUCCAUGGGUUCCUCAAAUCCUCUCCAUCCUCGAUGGGUCCCCCUCCAUGGAGUCCAACCUCGAAUCCUUCUGCCGCCAAUACCUCAUAACCCUCUCCCCCUCCUUCGUCUCCCACACCCUUCGCUCCCUCUCCGACCCCGUCACCGCCACGCGCUUCUUCUCCUGGGCCGCCACACAGCCCAACUACUCCCACUCCCUCGACUGCCACGUCUCCCUCCUCCCACUCCUUCCCCCCUCCUCCCUCCCUCCCGCCCUCUCCGCCCUCCGCCGCGCCAACCUCCCAAUCACCCUCCCCGCCGCCCACUCCCUCGCCAAAACCCUCGCCGCCGCCGGCCUCCUCCACGACCUCCUCUGGCUGCUCCGCGCCAUGACGGCCAACAACCUCCGUCCCACCCUCCUCAUCCUCAACUCCCUCCUCAACGCCCUUGUCAACGCCUCCCUCGUCGACUCCGCCGAGCGCGUGUUCAAGUCAAUGCAGGAAGGCGCGUCGUCGAAACCCGACGUCGUCAGUUACAACACGCUCGUCAAAGGCUACUGCAAGGUCGGGCGAACGCGGGACGCGUUCGCCAAGCUCCGCGAAAUGGAGGCUGAAAACUUGCCACCCGAUGAGGUCACGUAUAUGACCCUGAUACAGGCUUGUUACAACGAGGGUGAUGUGGAUUCGUGUGUGAGGCUUUUCCAUGAGAUGGAGGAAGAUGAAGUGUUGGGAACGAAAAUCCCUCCCCACGCGUAUAGUUUAACAAUAUGUGGGUUGUGUAAGCAGGGUAAGGUUGUGGAGGGUUGUUCUGUGUUUGAGAGUAUGGUUAAGAAAGGUUGUGUAGCUCAUAAGGCUGUGUAUACUGCCAUAAUUGAUGGUUAUGCCAAGAGCGGGAACAUGGAUGUAGCCAUGUCGUUUUUGGAGAGGAUGAAGGUGGAUGGGGUUGAGCCAGACGAGGUUACUUAUGGGGCUGUUGUAGGUGGUUUGUGUAAGAGUGGGAAAAUGGAUGAGGCCAUGGGUUAUUUUAGGUUUUGUAAGGGUAAUGAUGUGACCGUGAAUGCUGUGUUUUAUUCAAGUUUGAUUGAUGGGCUUGGGAAGGUUGGGAGGGUGGACGAGGCGGGGAGGCUGUUUGAGGAGAUGGCGGAAGAGGGGUGUCCGCGGGAUUCAUAUUGUUACAAUGCUCUCAUGGAUGGUUUGUGCAAGAAUGGGAGAGUUGAUGAGGCCCUGGUGUUGUUUAGGCGAAUGGAGCGAGAGGGGUGUGAGCAGACGGUUUAUACGUUUACUAUACUUGUUAGUGAGCUUUUCAGGGAGAGGAGGAAUGAGGAGGCGUUGAAGCUGUGGGAGGAGAUGAUCGACAAAGGUGUCACGCCGAAUGCUGCGUGUUUCAGAGCUCUUUCAAUUGGGCUGUGUCUCUCGGGCAAGGUUGCCAGGGCUUGCAGGGUGUUGGAUGAGCUUGCCCCUAUGGGGAUUGUUCUGGAGAGGGCGUAUGAGGAUAUGAUUGGUGUGCUGUGCAAGGCUGGCCGUGUGAAAGAGGCCUGCAAGUUGGCUGAUGGGAUUGUGGAUAGGGGUAGGGAAAUACCGGGAAAGGUUCGGACUGUGCUGAUCAAUGGCUUGAGGAAGGCUGGUAAUGCGGAUUUGGCGAUUAAGUUAAUGCACAGCAAGAUUGGUAUUGGGUAUGACCGAAUGCGUAGUGUUAAAAAGCGAGUGAAGUUCCAAACCCUUGUUGACAGAUGA